CUGAAGAAUGAGCUCUGAUGAGGCACUGGGGCAGAAGAAGAGUCUUUAACUCUGGGAAACAAGUUCCUUCAACACAGCCUGAGGAGGAGUAAAUGAUCUGAGUGAGCAGGGAAGGUGAACUUCAGCUCUGUUGGAGAAAAGAGAUCAUGUUGUGUGCACAGGGAAUCGGUGCCCUCGCUCUUUUCCACUGUGUAAUAACAGCGGCUGCUCUGAUCGACUCUGAUGAUGUCAUCACGCGAGACGAGCAGAUCUACGUUCUGAUUGGUGCUCACGCCAGGUGUGAAAGGAGCAUCCAGGCGCAGAUGGCCCAGGUCAGAGAGGGCGACUGCAUCCCAGAGUGGGACGGGAUCAUCUGCUGGCCACGGAGCAGAGAGGGUCAGCUGGUCUCAGUGCUGUGUCCGGAGUACAUCUACGACUUCAACCACGGAGGACGAGCCUACCGCCAGUGUGAUGCUUCGGGAAACUGGGAGCAGGUGUCCAGCAUCAACCGCACGUGGGCUAACUACACAGAGUGCACCACAUACCUGAGCUCCAACCACAGGAGACAAGAAGAGAAGGUGUUUGAGAGACUCCACCUCAUGUACACCGUCGGGUACUCGGUUUCUCUCGCGUCGCUGAUGGUGGCCGUCUCCAUCCUCUGCUACUUCAAGCGCCUCCACUGCACACGCAAUUUCAUCCACAUUCACCUCUUCACCUCAUUCAUAUGUCGAGCAGUCAGCAUCUUCGUGAAGGACGCGGUGCUCUACUCCAUAUCCGAUGACAGCAGGGCUGAGCCUGAGUUCACUGCACAGAAACCAAAUAUGGCCGGUUGUAAAGUUGCUGUCACUCUCUUCCUGUACUUCCUGGCGACCAAUCACUACUGGAUCCUGGUAGAGGGGUUGUACCUACACAGCCUCAUCUUCAUGGCCUUCCUCUCCGACAAGAGCUACCUGUGGGCCCUCACCAUCAUCGGCUGGGGUGUUCCAGCUGUGUUUGUGUCCAUUUGGGUCAGUGCACGAGCGUCGCUGGCCGACACGCAAUGUUGGGACAUCAGUGCCGGGAACCUGAAGUGGAUCUACCAAGUUCCCAUUCUGGCAGCCAUUGUUGUGAAUUUCCUCUUAUUUGUCAACAUAAUCCGAGUUCUGGCCUCGAAACUGUGGGAAACCAACACUGGUAAACUGGAUCCUCGACAGCAGUACCGGAAGCUGCUCAAGUCCACGUUAGUGCUCAUGCCGUUGUUCGGCGUUCACUACAUGGUGUUCAUGGCUCUUCCCUACACUGACGUCACUGGGCUGCUGUGGCAGGUGCAGAUGCAUUAUGAGAUGUUCUUCAACUCCUCCCAGGGCUUCUUUGUUGCAUUUAUCUACUGUUUCUGCAACGGGGAGGUGCAGGCGGAGGUGAAGAAGGCGUGGCUGAGACGCAGCCUCGCUCAGGACCUCAAACAGAAAACCCGGAUGACCAGCAGCGGCGGUGGAGGCAGCUGCUACUACGGCGGCAUGAUGUCUCACACCACCACGCACAGUGUCAGCUUGUCUGCCGCCAACCCCAGAGCGCUUCCCUUCACAGGAGGCGUGGUGGGAUCAGGUGGAGCUGCCGGUGGCGGGUCAGGGGUCAGGCCGCCACGCCACACCUCGCUGCAAACGCAAACCACCCAACUUGGAUUUGUUCCUGGUGACACCGAGAACUCGGGCGUCUUUGCCAGGCACGUCAGAACCAGCAUAGGGGACAAUGACUCCAAAAGUCACACUGUGCCUUCGAUCCAAUCACCUGGAGCUGAAGAUCCAGAAAACUCUUUAACUGUGAAAGAGCUGGAGACGAUCCUGUGAUUGUGUUUAUAUGAAUCAGACGAGCACAAAGAGACUUGGCUUCGUCUGAAUUGAAAGGUCACCUGCAAAAAAAUCCUCCGUGUUGGUUGACCUUUGAGAACACUUUAAGUGACUUCGUUUAUUUCAACAUUUCACUGAUUUCUCAGAAAAGUAUCCAUGGUUCUUCAUAACAAAUAUUUAAGGAUGUGAUAUCUAUGAGUGUGUGAAAUUUUGGUGCAGCUUGAUUGAACGUAAGACAACUGUCAAAACAACGUGUGGGAAUGUGAUGCUGGAUGAGUUUAAGGACAGACCUCACAGACCUGGAUGUUUAGAAAAUUACAUAUUUUUAUUUCCCUGCCUCGCCUCUCCUGUGUUGGAUUUUCCAUGCGAGACUGGCUGACCCCAAUUCAAACUGCACUUGUGUGUGAGUGUGUGUGUGUGUGUGUGUGUGUGUGUGUGUGACAAUCCUCUUUUUUCCCAAAAUAUUGACCUCUAGGUUCCCACCACACAUUUCUGGUGGGGGGAGCUUUCUGAAUAUCUGUCAAGUAGCGGUGACCCCAACAACUGUCCCUGAUUGAUUAUUUUGGAUGUCUAGACAGACCGGGACCCUUUGCACCUUUUGUUGUUGUCCAAUGUUGUCGACUCAGCUCCAUGCAUCAGUCUGUCACGACCCUCGCGGCUGAUGCACAAACCUUUUACCCCUCACCAGCAAAUCUCCCCCCACCGUGUAACCUCUGCCCCAAACGCCUUCACAACACCGUACAGAAUUUCACACAUUCCCCUCGGGCCCUCGGCUCGGAGCAGGAGGCACCUGAGCUGUUUGUGACGGACAAACGCGCAGCAGAGGAAUUCACACGAUGAGCAGACAGGAAAGUGGGCCUGUCAAUAUGUCAGGAGGGUUUAGGUUUCCACAUUACUGUUCUGUGUUUGUAUGGUAUGUACAGUGUAAGAUAAUUGUGAUAAUUUAAUAUUUAAACAGAGUUUGAAUAAAGUAAAUCGAAUGAC